AAUUUCAUUGUUUAAAAAAUUCAUUCUUAAAAUUUGACAUACGAAGUUUUACUUAUUAUUAUUUAUUAUACAUUAAUUACUUUUCAUUCCAAAAAUGGGAACAAUUUUAUCAUCUCAAAAACCAAAACGCAAAGUCAAGCCCGUGCCAAUGAUUAUCAAUCGCAAAAAGAGAAGAGGCGCUGAACCUGCCAUUAAGUUGCCUGAAGUAAAACCAAAUAAAAACUGUCGUUUAAAAUUAUUAAGACUGGAAAGAAUUCAAGAUUAUUUAUUAAUGGAAGAAGAAUUUCUUAUGAAUCAAAGAAUAUUUAAACAUCGUGAGAGAUCUAAACGUGAAACUUCAAAAGUUUCCGAAUUGAGAGGAUCUCCAAUGAUUGUAGCUACUCUACAAGAAUUAUUCGAAGAUGAUUUUGCUAUCGUCGCAACAUCAGCUGGAGACGAACAUUUUGUUCCGAUUUUAUCUUUCGUAGAUAAAACCCAAUUAGAAUUAAAAUGUAAGGUUUUACUCAAUCAUGAAAAUUAUGCCGUUGUAGGGAUCCUUCAAGACGAUGCUCGACCAUUUGUAUCCAUAAUGAAACUGGAUAAGGCUCCUCUUCAAUCAUACGCCGAUAUUGGAGGCCUUGAAACACAAAUACGAGAAGUUAAAGAAUCUGUCGAAUAUCCUUUAACUCAUCCAGAACUUUAUGAGGAAAUGGGCAUUUUGUCUCCUAAAGGUGUCAUCUUGUAUGGUCCUCCGGGAUCGGGUAAAACGUUAUUAGUCAAGGCAGUCGCUAAUCAAACUUCAGCAACGUUUUUAAGAGUAACGGGAUCAGAAUUGAUACAAAAAUAUCGUGGAGAUGGUCCAAAAUUAGUUCGAGAAUUAUUUAGAGUAGCAGAAGAAUAUUCUCCUUCUAUCGUUUUCAUAGACGAGGUCGAUGCUGUUGGAGAAAAGCGAUUCGAUUCCGUUUCGAGUGGAGAAAAUGAAGUACAACGAACAUUACUAGAAUUAUUAAAUCAGUUAGACGGUUUCGAUUCUAGAGGAGACAUUAAAAUAAUAAUGGCAACUAACAGAAUCGAAUCCUUAGAUCCAGCAUUAAUAAGACCCGGAAGAAUCGAUAGAAAAAUUGAAUUUUUCUUACCAGAUGCUGGAGCUAAAAGAGAAAUAUUUCAAAUACAUACGGCUAGGAUGAAUUUAAAAGAAGACAUUAAUAUUGACGAUGUAUUAUCAUCUAAAGAAGAAGACUUUUCAGGUGCGGACAUCAAAGCUCUAUGCACCGAAGCAGGUCUUCUGGCAUUGAGAGAGAGAAGAAUGAAAAUAAUUAAAAAUGAUUUCAUUAAGGCAAAAGAAAAAAUUCUUUAUCAAAAAGAAGAGAAAAUCUUAGAAGGAUUGUAUUUAUAAAAAUAAAAAUUAAAUCAUAUAAAAUAUCGUGAGAAUCGGACGACGGGAAGGUGUCCCGCUCACGGGGUCAGUCGAUGGCAAUUUAGGAGGGCAAAAAUCGAAUGGAAGGUCGCAGAUAAGUCGAUAAGAUAUUGGCCGUGUACGAGUAAACAUACAUAUUUAAGAUAUUAUACAAAUUUAAUAAAAAUACUAUUCUAACGGUUACAAAUAAUAAGAAUAAUAAUAAUACUUCUAAACUGAAGUUCUAGAAGGCGGUUAGCGGGGUUACGCCGCACGUACUUUCGACAAAGGAAAGGCUCUAAUCCCUGUUAGUAUUUAUCCUUAACUAGUCCUAAUCCACCUAAGAGGAAAGAGAGAGUUCUACUUACUGAGUUAUAAAUUACUUCGCUAAUCGUUCGUCUUCGGCGGUCAGCUGCAGGGUGGAAGUUGACCAGUCGUUCUCUGAUGUCUUGAAGACUGUCCCGAUAACGGAUCGUGAGCCCUCUUUAUACCAAAUUCGAGGGGGUGAGAACUGUCAUACUAUUAAUGAUUCAUACGCACACCU